AUAUAUUUAUAAGCUCGAAAAUAAGUAAAAUUCACAAAGUCCUGACAAAAUCUCCAAACAUGGCAUAUAUCAAUUAAUCAAUUAAUGAGUUGGAAAAUUUAAGCAUUGCCGGAAUCGCUUUUCUCUGGCCUUCGAAUUUCCGUGACUCGAUUUGUAUUUGCUGGUUUCAUCAAAACCCUUUCCCAUUUCACAAAUUGAAUUAAGCCAAAGCAUUUUCGUUCCUAAAUUUCGUCGCCGUUUCACGUAUCAAAACCGAUUCCGGCUUCGAAUUAGCUUCUCAAUGGAAUCGGAUUUUGAAACGAACGAUAUGCUCACACUGUCACAGGAGGAUUCAUUUGAUACCAAUGAUAACAAUGAUAAUUUAGAUGCUGAAGGGGAAAGAUGUGGAAUAUGUAUGGAUAUGGUUAUUGACAGGGGAGUACUGGAUUGCUGUCAGCACUGGUUCUGCUUUGUAUGCAUUGACAACUGGGCUUCCAUCACUAAUCUCUGCCCACUUUGCCAGAACGAGUUUCAGUUGAUUACUUGUGUUCCAGUAUAUGAUACCAUAGGGAGCAAUAAAGUUGAAGAUGGCUCACUCUUCGGAGACGAUGAUGAUGACUGGUCGAUCGAAGGGGAGACUAACAGUCUGGCAUUUCCCUCUUACUACAUUGAUGAAAAUGCAGUUACAUGCUUGGAUGGUGAUGGCUGCAAAAUUCGAAAUGGAUUGGCAAGUAUUGAAGGAGAUUCUGGUCUUGAUACAUCAAUCGCUUGUGAUUCAUGUGAUAUAUGGUAUCACGCCUUCUGUGUGGGAUUUGAUACUGAAGGUACAUCUGAGAGUACAUGGUUAUGCCCAAGAUGUGUGGUUGAUGAAGUUUCUAAAGAAACAGAUACCAAUUCAAUAAAGGAGGCAACCCUGGAAUGCAACCCAGAUAACAAUAACAUUAAAUGUCAUGUUGAGGAUUCCAGAUUAGUGUCCGUGUCCAUUGCUGAUACUGGAGAGACCGCUGUUGUUGUCUCAAUGCUUGACAGAAACAAAUGGGUUCCAGAAACAAGCGAGAGAAGUCAAUUGCCUCCUGAAGUUGAUUUGUUGACUGAAUCAUGUAAUUUAAUGUCCCAAAAAAAUAAUCAGCUGCAGGGAACAGAGAAGACAACUAUGUCACCGAUCAUGGAGGGAGAAAAACUAGAGCUGUCUUUAUCACACAAUAUGUCAUGUAACCCAACUUCUAAAUCCUCCGUCCUAAAUGAUUUAAAGAAAAGUGAUAAUGGAACAAGAUGUGAACCGAGUAGCUUUGACGGAGUCAAGUUAUUUGAUGAGUCCAAUGUCAAAACUAGUCCAUGCAAAAUUGAAUCUGAUAUGGGUCUUCAUCUUGGUUUGUCGGUGGGCUCUUUUUUAUCCGUUGAUAAUGUGAACAAGAGCAAAACACAAGAUCAAGCAACUAAUGUCCCGUGCUCGAGUCCAGAAGAAUUUCUUUUGAAAGGAGAUGAAAUUGAAACCAAUGCUUGUGAGGACAAUGCCAGAGUGACUGGUAGAAAGAGGAAGCAUGUUGAUUUCAGUCACGAGCAAGUUCAUAUAAAAGUUGAUGAAGAUGCCAAGCCUGAACUAUCGGCUGAAGCUUCACAAAAGAAAAUUAGAGCGGCUGCUAAUCAAAUGAUUAGUGCUAAUGACUCGGUCGAUACUCAACUUUCUGACAAAACUAAGAAGAGCCCUGUUUUAAAACAUUCUCCAACAAAGGAAACUGUGGCAUCAGAUAUAAUGAAUAUCGUUAAAGGGACGAAACGUAGGCUUUCCAAGGGACUUGCGGGUACUAAUGCUAGUGGAAAGUUAGCUGAAAAGAAAGAAAACAUGGCUGGAUUGAGGGUUAAAAAGAUUAUGAAGAGAGGUUCUGAUGAUGGAGAAUCAUCCUCAUUAGUCCAAAAUCUAAGGAAGGAAAUUAGAGAAGCUGUCCGCAACAAAUCCGAUAUAAACUUCGGGGAAAACCAUUUUGAUAAAAAUCUUCUUGAAGCAUUCAGGGCUGCUAUAACAGGGCCUAAAACUGAACUUGUAAAUAAGUUAUCCCCCUCAGCUCUGAAGGCAAGGAAGUCAAUGUUGCAGAAAGGAAAGGUACGAGAAAAUCUAACUAGGAAAAUUUUUGCAUCAUCCAAUGGAAGAAGAAAGCGUGCAUGGGAUAGGGACUGUGAAAUUGAGUUUUGGAAAUAUCGUUGCACGAGAGCUUCAAAGCCUGAAAAGAUCGAAACUUUAAAAUCAGUUCUUGAUCUCUUAAAAAAAAGUUCAGAGAACCCAGAAUCAGAGCAAGCUCCUGAACGUCAGGCCAAGAAUCCAAUUCUCUCCAGAUUGUAUAUAGCAGACACAUCUGUUUUCCCACGGAAAGCUGAUGUCAAACCUUUUUCAGAGCAGACUAAACAAAAUAACUCAUCAGUAAAAGGACCAAAUCAAUCUCUUGAUAUCAAGACUAUUAAAGCAACAGAGGUAAAUAAUCUUUUAUCAAAGACCAGCGUUUGCUCUUCUGAGAAAAAAGUAGAUAAGAAGAUUGUACGCGGUCCAGUUGGUAAAGCACAUUUAAGCAGUCACUCAGAAGGGACAUCAGUUUCUUCUUCAGCUGGUGCCAAAGUUGGCACAAAAGAGUCAGUCCUGAAAUCCGAUUCUAUGAAAACUGAUAAAAGAAAAUGGGCCUUGGAGGUUCUUGCAAGGAAGACAGCUGUUGCAAGCAGUAACACAGCAAAUGAAAGUCAGGAAGACGAUGCAAUUUUUAAAGGAAAUUAUCCUUUGCUUGCCCAAUUACCAACUGAUAUGAGACCCGUGUUGGCACCUUGUCGCCACAAUAAAAUUCCUUUAUCAGUGAGGCAGACACAGCUUUACCGCCUGACGGAACGCUUAUUGAGGAACACAAAUCUGACAAUCAUUCACAGAACUGCACAUACAGAAUUGGCUGUAGCAGAUGCAAUUAAUAUUGAAAAGGAGGUUGCUGACAGAUCAAACAGCAAGCUAGUGUAUCAGAAUCUUUGUUCACAAGAGCUAUUGCGUCGCACAAAUAACACAACAUCCAAUGUAGACACAGACACAAGUCCACCAACCUCGUCGCCAGUGCAUACUGAUCAAUCAGAACUGAAUACCGAUGAUCUUUCUAGUGACCCAGCAGUGCAUACUGAUCAAUCAGAACUGAAUACUGAUGAUCUUUCUACUGACCCAGCAGUUCAAAUAGCAUUGCAAAAUGCUGGUCUGUUGUCUGAUUCGCCACCAAGCAGUCCACAUAAGAACAAAGAAAUACAUAAUGAAAAUGAAAUGUCAGGGCCUGAUGAUAUACUUGAAUUAGAUUCUCAUCCUGAACUGGAUAUAUAUGGUGAUUUUGAGUAUGAUUUGGAAGAGGAUGAUUACAUAGGCGCUAGUGUUACAAAUAUCCCAAACAUAACACAAGAGCAAAGUGAACCAAAAGUGAAACUUGUUUUCUCCACCACGAGCUUGAAGAAAACAAAUAAUGCUUCGGAUUCUGCAGACAGUAUGGGGUCUGAAAACAAUGAAGUGCCAGGAGAUGCCUCUCGGUCACCAAACUGUCACAGUGAUGCAGUCCACAGGGAUUCUACCAUUGAUGCGGAGAUUGGUCAGCCUUCUGCUUCUUCUGGGCUACAACCGUGUGAGGGUGCUGUUGAGCCGGUUGAUUCAGAAUUUGAAGAAUUAUAUGGCCCUGAUAAAGAACCACUUAUAAAAAAGUUUCCAGAUGGUGAAUUACUAUCACCACACGGAGAAGGCAAGACAGAAACUCAAAGCGAGAAUAAUGAUUGCCAUAAGGAGGAAGAACAGGUCUUAGACAAACUAGAAAAUGGUGCUGAAUUCAGGAAUGGGAAUCUUGCAGAAAAUGCGUCUGUUUCCACUAUCACGGACAAAUCUAACGUAUCUGGGACCGGUGAAAAUUUUCAAAAGAAGGAGCAGUCUAACAAUGAAAAUCAAGUAGCGAAGAAGGUAGAAGCAUACAUCAAGGAGCAUAUCAGGCCAUUGUGCAAGAGUGGUGUUAUCUCGGCUGAACAGUACAGGUGGGCUGUUGCAAAAACAACUGAUAAGGUUAUGAAGUAUCAUUGCAAAUCAAAGAAUGCUAAUUUCCUCAUAAAGGAAGGCGAGAAAGUAAAGAAACUCGCAGAGCAGUAUGUUGAAACAGCCCAACAGAAUAGAAAAAGUUGAUUCCCAUAGUAGCACCAUUUCAUCCUCAACAAGUUUUCUUAGGUGCAACAUUUGCUCCCUGUUUUAGAAACUUGCUUCAUUGGGUUACUGUGCAUAUAUGUUGGAUUUUGCACCAUGAAAAUUGUGCUACAUUGCACACAAUGGGGAUUAAUUCAGAGAAAGGAGUGUCCGGGAAAGUUUGCUAUGGGCUGGAAUGUGAUUCUAUCGCAGGUUCUUAGAAAAGAUAAUUAUGUGCAGAUUAUUUGGCUAGAAUGGGAGGUACUCAAAGAGAAAGGAUGAAGAUCUUAUACAUUUCUUCUCAUGGCCUCAAUAGUUUCCUCUUGGCAGAUUCUUUGAGGUUGUAAUGGAGCAUGUAUUGUAUUGUAAUUGAAACCUAUAACAAGCACACACUCAGAAUGAAAUGAAGUAUUCUGCAUUGCUGCUACUGAAUUAUACAGUAAUAAUGCAAAGGUAGAAAAAAGUUCUAUGUA